AUGAUAAAUAUAUACCAUCAAUGUUACGCCCCUUGUAGUGGAAUAUCAGCGAAGUGCGUGAACGGUGGUGUUUCGAAUCCUAGACACUGCUCCACAAAUUGCAUUUGUCCAGCUGGAUAUGCUGGAGCGCUCUGCAAUCAAAGGGUAAGCUAUUCAAGGACAUAG